AUGCAUACGAAGAAGAAGACGAAGAAGAAGAAGAAGAAGAAGAAGAAGAAGAAGAAGAAGAAGAAGAAGAAGAGCGAGAGUCUGCGGCGCCGCUGCUGUCUGUUUGUUUUUCCUUUCUUCUUCCUCUCUCUCUCUCUCGUCUCUGCCGUGUCUCUCGUCGUUGGUCAGGAAGACAAGGGGAUGCUGGGAGGAAAGGAAGACAGAGAAGAAGAUGAUGAUGAAGAAGAAAAAGAAGAAGAAGAAGAUGGCGGCUUGCUGGGAUCGCGGCCGAACUGCAGGCAACGAGGACUGCCGACGAACGACCCCCACAAGCCGGGACAGGCAGCGAUGCGAUUGAACCCCUGA